AUGAUAAUAUCAAUUAUUUACAUUAUGAAGAUGAAAAAUUCUCUAAUUGGCAAAUAUUUGUAUAACAGACACUAUGACAACAAUGAAUUAUGCAUAAAAAAUGAACGCUUACUGGCACAUAAAAGAAUGGGAAACAAAUACACACAAGAAAAAUUUAAUUAUGGCUUAGAAUAUAGUCCGCAUAAUACAACAUUAGGUUAUAAUGCUCAUGUUAUGUCAAAAUUUCCAAAAGAAAAAACAUUUAAUAACAAAAAUUUAAUAUCCAAAACUCCAGUACGCAAAUCUACAGAAGGACGUGAUCUACUCUUUGAGGAAAUGGCAUUAUAUCACCCAGAUAAACUAUAUAAAUCUGAGAAAAAUGAUGAAACUUUUAGUAAUACCUCUGAAAAAAGCGGGCAUACAAUGCGUGGUUUACACAUAUUUUUGAGUCUUAUUAUUUUUACUCUAGGAUCAACAGUUCCAUAUAUGCUUUAUCGCGUGUUAAUAGCGCAAUCUACAACGGGCACAAGUACAUCUAUGAUCAUUGUAAUAUGUGUUGUAACAGUUGUUAUAUUAUGUCUUGUAUUGUUACCAUUAGUUACUCCUGCAUAUGUUAAAAUCCUUGAAUUUUGUUUCAUUUAUGUUUGGUUUAGUGUGUGUUCUACAACUAAUAUUACUAAUGUUACAAUACAUAUUUGUUUCAUUGUAAUUACAUAUCUAUUACAUUCCUAUGUUCUUGACUCUAUAAAUAUUAUAUAA